AUGUUUCUUGAAAGUUUUAACUCCUCCUUCGGUUGUGCAGCUCAAUGGCUGUUGGCCCCAACGGUAUCAUCGGUCGCUCCAUCCAGAAGAGACAGCAGUACUCUUGUCAUGAAUGUUGCAGCAAUAACCACUGCAAUGAACAGCUAUGUGCCCACAGAAAACUUAUAUUUUAAUAAAGUAAUUAAAAAUGAUCUUAUACUUAAAUAUCUGGGAGACUGGGGGGAGUGGUCUUCGUGUAGCGUAUCAUGUAGUAACGGAACGAAAACACGCACACGUACCUGCUCCAACCCGCCCCCUUCCAACAGUGGACUCAACUGCACCGGGCCAAAAGUUGAGUCAAAAAUAUGUUCGAACCAACUUUGUCCGGUACAUGGCAACUGGUCAGAUUGGUCCACCUGGUCGGGUUGCUCAGCUACUUGUGAUGUGGGAAUUAGAAAGAAGACAAGAACGUGCACCAAUCCUAAACCAGAGCGGUCUGGGGACUAUUGCGUUGGUGAACCUAGUGAAUAUACAGGAUGCUUUAAUGAACCCUGCGGCGCCAGGACACAUGGCAACUGGUCAGAUUGGUCCCAGUGGUCAGGUUGUUCAGUGUCCUGUGAUGUGGGACUCAGAAAGAGGGCAAGAACCUGUACUAAUCCUAAACCAGACCGAAAUGGAGACUAUUGUGUCGGUGAAUCAACCGAAUAUACAGUGUGCCCAAAUGAACCCUGCAACGUGAUUGACGGUGGCUGUUCAAGUUGGGGUGAUUGGAAGAGCUGUUCAGUCACGUGUGGAGUGGGUCAGAAGCUGAGGAGCAGGACAUGCACAAACCCGAGCCCCACAUUGUACGGCAAAACUUGUGAUGGCGACUAUGCAGAUUAUGCUGUGUGUGUCAACACGCCAUGUCAUGCAGUAGCCUUCAACGCCUACGGGAAAAACGUUUUGUUAAAUCGUGUCAAUGCGUUUUCAUCUGUGAUCUUCAACGAAGGGAAUGCCUAUGACGUCAGCACUGGACACUUCACAGCUCCCGUGGACGGGAUAUACCACUUUACGGCCCAAAUGUGCGUUAGUGCCAACAAUAGCAUUUAUUUUUACAUACACAAAGGCAGUGCAACCAUGAGCGGAGUGGUAGCUCUGAAAUAUUCAUAUAAUUACAAUUAUAACGGUCCGUCAUGUACUUCUGCAUCCUGCUAUGUGAAGCUUACCAGGAAUGAGCACGUGUGGGUCCUCAUGUAUGGUCAAGACACAUCAGAAAUAUGGGAUGUUAGUUCUAAUUCAUUUACUGGAAUGUUGAUCCAAGAGCUUUAAUAAAUACUUGAACUCUUUUCUCAGUAUGCGAUUAGUAAUUUAACUUUAUCUAUAUUGCAUCGUUUAAAAGUAUUUAACGCAAAAAUGGAAUGAGAUACAAGCAAAAACCUCACUCAAAUUAUACAAAGUCGUGCGUAAAACACUUUUUGAAAUCACUUUCGGGUACAUUCAAGUCAACUUAGAUUACACAUAGCUUAAAACAUGACUAAAUUCAUUUAUUUUUGUGAAUGUAUUUGCAAACUAUUGAACAUUAUUAAGAGGGUGUUUUCUACUAGCAAUGUUCGCUACGCAUGAUGAAAUACAUAAUUUGAAUACUAUUGGUAGAAUUGAUUGUAUUCAUUUCCAGGAAAACUUUUCAUUCCCCUGCUAACAAACUUUCACUUUAAUAAUUUUAAUACGCUUGUUUUUUCUCUCAACAAACUUUGUCUUAAUUCGCCGAGAUAACUUAGUUAUAUUAUAGUCAUGGUCUGUAUUUGUAUUUUUCGCAAAUAACUCACCUUACUUAAAUGUUUUGAUUGUUCCAAAACAUUGUACACAGUAUAGGCCUUUUUUCUGUAUAGACAUUUAAAUGUUGCUUUAAUCCUAUGGCUACAUUAUGCGUUCAUCCUUUUGAAAGUGCUGGUUUGCAAAAGAUAUAUUAAGCUGGUAAUCGUCUGUUAUUAUGAAUGUAUUGGUAUCAAAUUAUUAGCGCUAUUAUACAAUAAUUGAUAAAAACUCCCGGUAAAGUUGCGUAUACUUUUUCAUUUAAAUAAUGAAUUUAAAGCAUUGCUUAUUUGCGAUUAUGAAUGCAUUUCCCUGAACGAAUUUAGGACAUAUUAUGUUUGCAAAGACUUAAUACAUCAACACAUGUCAGAAGCGAUAGUCAAGUGAAAAAGGUGUCACUGUCUACAAUGAUAAAUGCUAUUUUGUUCCAGAAAUAAACAAAAGUAAACGGA